UGUCACUUGCAGCAAGUCGUUCGCGUAUUUAGCUGAACUAACAAGUAACGCAAGCCGUCAAAUAGACGAGAGCGAUGCAAGGGAUGCCCGUGAAAGUUUGCUAGUCACUUUAGACUAUAUUCCCAGCAUUCCAGAGUACCGAAAAAAAGCAAUAUAGAGACACAGCGAUAGGGCAGUUUUGCAAAAAUAAAAUUGAAAAAAUGAAGCCGCAGCUGAGAUGCAGGUUUAAGCAAAUGGCUGGUUAUAAGCGGGGGCUUUGCACCUUCCCAGCCACUCGACUUGCCAAUGUCCUCGUCAUCGUCAUCAAGGCCAAUUGCCAAGGCAGGCGCGUAUCCAAGAUAUCAUCUUUUACGGAGCAGUCGCACGGAUUUCUGGUUCUGUCCUCUCGUAUCUCUUUUCUUUCUCGCCCGCUGCUUCCUUCUCUCACUUUUCGUCCCUCACAAGGCAAGUACAUGUUGGUGCGUCUAGGCGCUGGGCAAGUCCUCCCUCACGUCAAUGACCCCACCGCCUUCCGCCAAUUUUCUCAGUUACGUUUAACCCGUUUAAUCAUUUUUUCUAGUUUUUCUUUUUAUUUUGUUUUUGUCUUAUUUAUUGAACUUCACUUUUCCCAAUUCUGUGCAUAAUGCAUAUGCAGCCAACGGUAGUUACUUUUGUCCUCUUGCUUCCUACCUAAAGCAUCCCCAAUCCCCCCAUAUCUCCAACAGCGCGCUUUUGGCGGUCAACCACUCAUGCGCUGGCCACUGAGUGACAGCUGGCUCACGCAUGCUUGCUUCUGUCCGAUGUACCUAGC